AAAUAGCGUGGCGCAGCGCAUCGUGUGUUAUUCGUUGAUAUCAUUUUGUCAGCACCCAACCUACAACUUGAAAAUGUCUGGACGUGGUAAAGGAGGUAAAGUGAAGGGAAAGGCAAAGAGCCGAUCAUCCCGUGCCGGACUUCAGUUCCCCGUGGGUCGUAUCCACCGUCUGCUGAGGAAGGGCAACUACGCCGAGAGAGUCGGAGCCGGUGCCCCUGUGUACCUGGCCGCCGUUCUUGAGUACUUGGCCGCUGAAGUGUUGGAGUUGGCAGGCAACGCAGCCCGUGACAACAAAAAGACCAGAAUCAUCCCCCGUCACCUGCAGCUGGCCAUCCGCAACGACGAGGAGUUGAACAAACUUCUGUCCGGCGUGACCAUCGCCCAGGGUGGUGUUCUGCCCAACAUCCAGGCCGUGCUCCUCCCCAAGAAGACCCAGAAGCCCGCCGCCAAGUAAAAAGUCAGCUCUGUCGACUUUUUUGUCUAUACCAAACGGCCGUUUUCACGGCCACCCAUAUUUUUCGAAAAGAUGCCUCUAUAAUAUGCAGUGUACAUGCACAUAAGCAUUUAUAUAAAAAGCACACGUAGAUACACGCUUCUUAGAUUAUCGAGACAACGGUAUAUAUUAGCGUGCGUGCAGUUGCUUUCAAGAAAAAAGAAACACACACACAUUAAUUUAAAACUGUCUGUGUUCAAUAUUUUGAUUCCGAUUUGCACAUUCUAUUUGUAUUUCGAUUAAUUUCAUUUCUAUUACGCUGUCAAUUAAUAUACCAUCCUCGUCCCUGACUGCAUGUAAUCAACGUUUUCCCCGAUUUAAUUUUGUAAAGGAAAUCGCCAGACUUUAAAAUAAAGAGAGAGAUAAAUAAAUAAAUGAAAAAAAUAAAUAAAUAGACACU